UACCAAAAAAAAAAAAUUAAACAUUUAUCUGAAAUAUAUUGCAUAACUAGGGUUUAUCACACAACAUCAAAUUAGACGCUUCGUUCUCAAGCGGCGUGCACAACUAGAUUUAUGUCACAGCAUCAAAUUCCUUCAUUUGAAAGAGGCGCCAGUAUAAAGCAAAAAUGGGAGUUGACUGCAUCGCAGAACACAGAAGUUGCAGAAAUUGGAAUCGAUUAAUAGGUAUGCAUUUAAAUGCCAUAAAAAAUCUGAAGCUGGAAGGGAUAUCGUCUACCCUGUAUGUGAUUGCUUAUCACCAUAUUUACGGUACUUUUGCCACUGGUAGUUGUAAUGGCGAUGUUAAUUUCUGGGAUGGUAACAACAAAAAAAGGUUGUAUCAGUUAAAUAUUUGUUCACGUGCCUUUUGUUUCUAUCACUAUUUAUCUGAAAGACUGACUGAUAAACUGAUUGAUUUUACCGGACCACCUGCUGUACCCUAAAUAUCCUUCCAGCGUUGCAUCAUCAUCAUUUACCAGAGAUGGUAAACUCUUGGUUGUCGCAUCAAGUUAUACAUUUAAAGAGGGAGAAAAUCUGUUAGAAUGGACUUAUCUCAUCUUAUCUUAGCUCCUUUUAUUUUGUAAAAUUUCCUCAUCUAGAUAUCACUUUAUCAUGAACAUGAAGGCUUAACUAUGGUUUACC